GUCAGAGAUGAGUGCGGAUCAGGGCUGCAGAGGCUUGGCUUUAUUAUCGACAGGCUGAACCUUGGGGUCUUAAAUAUCAGUUAUUGAUCAUCAGGAUUAUCCCCUCUGUCGCCUUCAGCACCACCAUCUGUGAGGCCUUCGUAAAGAUACCUUUAUUAGUCUGGUGAUAGCCCGUUUGAUUUUUCAUUUUUAAAAAUAUAUCUAUGGGCUUUUCAGUCAAUGACAGGCGAUUUUCUGAAGCGGGAAAUUAAAUUUUGAGUUUUUAUGAGCCCAUUAAAAUAUUUACACAUCACAGUCAUAUGCAUUUUGUAUCCGGGCAAUGUUUGCUGUUCCUGUGCUGUGCACAUCAUAACAUGUUCAUCGAACAGUUUUUAGAAGCCGGCCAAGACUUUUCAUCUUACGCUUGAAUUUGCCCGACACACUUGAAAGAUUCAUGAAAGCUUUUCGAGCGAGAGUCCUGCAGCUUUAAGCGACGGGCGUGGUAGACAGGCGACGGCCCGCCUUUUAUGCAAAUUCACUUGCGCGCUUUGCCAGAUUCCCGGCUAAUAUAGCGCUGCUGCAGUCUUUCAACUGCUCACAGCUUCCCUGUAGCUGCCGCAGGAGACGCCAGACCACGUCAAUCACCUCGCGCGCCGAAGACAGCAAAGGAUUACACGUCUUAAAUAAGAGGAGAAUAGUGAUUAACUGCCUGAUAGCGCCAGGGUUUCGUAAGCACAGUAAGAGAUCAUUACCGGGGAGCGGUGGAGUCGAACAUCUCGGAAGUUUUCCUUGUGGGAUUGUCUCCUUUUCUCGUGCAUUUUAUUUCGGACGUGGAAUUAUUUUUGGAAUACCAACCACCGUGAGCAAUAAGAAAAUACAACACAUUUGUCCUGAGCAGAUUGUUGAUUUUUUUAUUAGACAUGGUAUGCAUUGUCUACUGACAUAAAACGAUCAGAGAAGCGUGGAACUGAGUCGGGACACAAAUGCUAGGGUUCAGUUCAAACGCGUCGCGGCGUGACUGCUGGGACACAGAACACGAUCGCUUGCAGCACUACUUCUAUGACGGCGACGACUCCGAGGAGGAUUUCUACAAGUCAACGGCGCCAAGCGAGGAUAUAUGGAAGAAAUUCGAACUGGUGCCCACUCCGCCCAUGUCCCCUGUCAGGACUCCCGACGGCAGCGCGAGCUACCCGUCGCCCGGGGACAAACUCGAGUGGGUGUCUCAGUUCCUGGGACAGGACGAGGAGCAGGAGGGACAGUACAGGAUUGACACCAAAGAGAUUUUCGGAAACCUGAGUUCCAUUAUCAACCAGGACUGCAUGUGGAGUGGUUUCUCCGCGAGCCAGCGCCUGGAGAAAGUUGUGAACGAGCGGCUGUCCGGCUCCGCUCAGACGAAGACGCCCCUUGGCGUCCAGGCGAGCGCUCACAUUGGCGGCAGGUCGCAAGACUCUCAGGUCGUCGGGACCCUGGCCGCGGACUGUGUGGAUCCCGCUACCGUGUUCACCUACCCCUACAGCAACAGCGCCAGCUGUAAGAAGCAGGCGUCCUCCGGGUCGGAGUCCCGCACGGAUUCCUCUGACGAUGAGGAGAUUGACGUGGUGACGGUGGAGAGUAAACAGAAAAAGAGCCGGUCGUCAUCGGCGACGAGGGGCGGGCGGAAGCCGGUUACCAUCACGGUACGGGCCGACCCUCACGACCCGGAAAUGAAGCACUUCCAUAUCUCCAUUCACCAGCAGCAGCACAACUAUGCCGCGCCCUCCCCGGACAGCCACGUGGAGGCCGACGCCCACCAACAGCCACCGCCCACAAAGAGGGCCAAACGGCAGCCCUGCUGGCCCAACCAACCCGCUGGCUCCGCCCCCUCACCCGCGGAGAGGACAGCCGCAAUCUCCGCCCCCACAGCUAACCCCGCCCUCGACACGGAUUGCACCCGUAUGGCUGACUCCGCCCACAUCACUGACUCUGCCCACGCGGCCAGUGUGGAUGACGACGACUCCGCCCCCGACUCCGCCUCCCACGCCCCCCAGACGGACAGCCCGCAGAGCUCGGACAGCGAGGACACGGACAGGCGCAGGACGCACAACUUCCUGGAGCGGAAGCGGAGGAACGACCUGCGCUCGCGCUUCCUGGCGCUGCGCGACCAGAUUCCCGGCCUGGCCUCCAGCACCAAGACGCCCAAGGUGGUCAUCCUGACGCGGGCGGUGGAGCACCUGCGCCAGCUGCACGGCGCCGCCCGGCGGGGCGCCCAGGAGAGGCGCCAGCUGAGGGCGCGGCAGCGCCAGCUCCUGCGGCGGCUGGCCGAACUCAGACGCACCUGAGAUGGGCGCCAGAAGUUAGCGACUUAAAAAAAAAAAAACCGCCGCACACAUUGAAAAUGGCAAAACGAAUUCAAAAUUCCCUCAGUUGAGGGGAUCUCUCAAUCUGCCUUCAAAUUCAUCUUAACG